CGGGGCCCUUCCGGUGGGCGGUGCGCCCGCGGGCCCGUGGCUGGGGCGGGCCCUUCCGGCGGCGGCGGCGAGGAUGGCGGCGGAGAACCACUGCGAGUUCCCGGGCACCCCGGCCGGCGGCCUGGGAGGCCCGGGCGGGCCCUGCCGCCGGUGCAGCUCGGCGCCGCCCCCCGGCGCCGUGCCGGGCAAGUGGGUCCGGCUGAACGUGGGAGGCACCUGCUUCCUGACCACUCGGCAGACGCUCUGCAGGGACCCCAAGUCCUUCCUCUUCCGUCUGUGCCAGGCCGACCCCGACCUGGACUCGGACAAGGAUGAAACAGGUGCCUAUUUAAUAGACAGAGACCCGACCUACUUUGGGCCAGUGCUGAACUAUCUCAGACAUGGGAAACUGGUUAUUAACAAGGACCUAGCUGAGGAAGGUGUACUGGAAGAGGCUGAAUUCUACAAUAUCACAUCACUAAUAAAACUGGUAAAGGACAAAAUAAGAGAAAGAGACAGCAAAAUCUCACAGGUGCCAGUCAAACACGUGUACAGGGUGCUGCAGUGCCAGGAAGAGGAACUCACUCAAAUGGUCUCCACAAUGUCUGAUGGCUGGAAAUUUGAACAGCUUGUCAGUAUAGGUUCCCAGUAUGGCUGUGGCCGGGCCCAGCAGUCAGAGUAUCUGCUGAUAGUGUCACGGGAAGUGAAAGGGGAAGAGAGAUGCUUCCAGAAAUGCUGCAGUGAGCUGGUCAGUAUUGGUUCUUCCUAUAACUAUGGCAAUGAAGAUCAGGCUGAAUUUCUGUGUGUUGUCUCGAAGGAAUUGCAUAACACUCCCUAUGGCACAACCAGUGAGCCCAGUGAAAAAGCAAAGAUUUUGCAAGAACGAGGUUCCAGGAUGUGAAGACAGUAUUGAACGGUGAAGAUUUUUUCUCUUUUAUUCCAAGAUGCAGUGAAUUGUCACAUUGAAGAGGCUUGGCUGCAAAAGAAAAAAUCUGAUUUAGACAAUUUUCUGUUGAUCUGGGUUUCAACCAUUUUUGCCUAUAAGCUGGUGUCAACUGGCUGAAAGCAUUGCAAGAUUACUUAAUGGGAAUAGAUGGUGUGGGAGGAGUGUGUUUUAAGUUUUGGUUGUAGUGCAUGGUUAUACUGUCUUAUGGGCUGACUGACAAGGGCCAUUUGAAAAGAAAUGACCAUGCACUUAUAUUUUCCUCUGAGACAUGUAGCACUUAAUGCUUGGUGCUGGAUGACCCAAUGUUGAUCAGUUUGCAGAGAUUUUCCUACUAAUCAUUGUAAACAUUUAAAGGACAAUGCAAUUGGUGCUACACACACACGUUACAGCCCACAAAUGCAAAUAUUUGGGCCUACUUUGUUUUCGAAUCAGUGACAGCCCUAGUUGACUGUCUUCUACUGCACAUUCCUUAUGGCUCUGUGACAUUCUAUUUUGUAAGAACAGCCUAGGAGAUCAACUGAAACUAGCAUGUAAAAAGUUACACAACAGACAAAAGGUUUCUUUAAAGGAAGGUUGUAUAUAUUGACUGUGGGUUUAUGGCAUAUGUUAAUACACAAAGGGAAGACUAAACUCUGAGAAAAUGGCCUUCAUCUGAGUAAUUCUUGAUGUUCUUUCUCUCAAAUCAGUCUCCUCCUGCAAAAGUUAUGCUCCAGUCUUAGCCAGAUGUUUGGAAGGGGAAUCAAAAUUCACUUAAAAUGAACAACUGAACUUUCUUUCUUUUGAGAUAUUUGUAUUCAAAUGUGUGUUUGUACUUUUAAAAAUUCCUGUAAGUGUUGACCUCUAUGGAUUACAGUAGAGAUUUUUCAAGAGCUGGAAGUUUUACAGAAAUAUGGUUGGUUAGUCCUAGAUCCCUAUCUCUGUGGCUGGGAUUAAAAGCAACCUAGAGCGUGAACACAAGCUCAUGCAAUCGAAAUACUUAAUUACUUCAUACAUUCAAGAUACCUGUAAUCAAUCUUUCUAUACUGUUUCAACUAUGCAGUUAAAGAACACCGUUUGAAUACAUCUGGUGCAGCUUUAUUAGUUUAUGUCCUUGAUGAAGGCUAAUACACAAGACUGGAGCUUUUUAAUACACUAUGUUUUGAGCAAAAUCUUCCACACAUCUUUAAAACACUUAAUGAUAUUGACGGUAUAAAACUCAGCUUCAUUGACUUAAUAGCUGAAAGCAGUGGAAGGGAGUUUCAAAAAGCUGUAAGAUUGUUUUGAAUUCUACAGACAUUUGUUUUCAUUCUCAGUAACAUCAGAAUUUAUGCAUAUACUCUAGGUAAUCCUUUACACAAAAGCCCCAUUGUCAAACACCCAGGGUCUACCUUUAUUUAUUUUUUUUUUUUUUUUUUUCAAAAAAAAAAAAUAAUAAUAAUAAUAAAAAAAUUAUACAUUGAUAAAGGUUUGGCAGGAACAAUUUGUAAAAAAACAUUUCUACUAAGCUGGUUAAACAGUGGGCUAAAUGUUUUGUCCAUGCGACUAAUGCUUGAAAGGGUUUGUAAUGCAUUUUGCCACUUGGAUGUGGUCUGCACUGGAAGCUGCUGGCCCCUCCACAACAACACAUAAAAUGUUUGUCUUUUUUUAAAAUGUUAAAACUGAAUUGAAUUUACUAAAAAUGUAAUUGUGUAGGGAGCAAUGUUUAUACUUUUAUACUUUUUUAGGCACCCAUAUUUUAUCAGCUUAAAUUUAACACCCAAGUUUCCCCUAAAUAAUAACAGAUUAUCUUAUGUAUCUGAAUAUAAGCAUACCUAUUGUCUGUGUUAAGUACAUAUUAAAACAUUUCCUCUGCUGCAGUAGUCACUGUGUUUUUAAACAGCAUGACUCCACCAUAUUCCCUGAGUUCUCUAGCUCAUGGAAUUGCAGCCAACUACUAGGUUUCUUGUUUUCUUGAUGUGCUUUACAGAGCAACGCAGCAUUGGCCUAAUUGGAUUCUAAAGCCCAAAAUAUCUGUGUAAUGAUCCUUCCAAAUCUGUAUUUCUGUUGUCUCUCUUAUUUAACUCCUCCCAAAAUGAGUAUUUUUGUCUUAUGAACUGAAAUUUUCAAGAAUGGCAGCAGCAAAGAAUAAGUAACAAGCUGAGCAAAACCAGAACAAAUUUAGAGUAUGUAAGAGGGUGGUUUUUUUCUAAGUAUGUUUUUUCCACUGGAGUUUUUUUCAGUUUAAAAACAUGUUUUUAUGGUGAGAUUACCUGCUAUCUAGUUUACAUUGUAUCCGUGUUGUAGCCAAUUUGGGGGAAAUGGGUGGUUAAUCAUUCUGCACUUUGUUUCCAAUACCUCACACAGGUUUUAAACAAAACAACAAAAAAAGAGAGAACUUUAAUAGGUACCUUGUAAAUUAUUUUAUAUAUGCUAUUGUUUGAGACCACCUAACUACCUACUUUUCCAUUCUUGCUAUUGUCAUUGUUGCUUUAAUUUUUGUAAACAUCUGAGGCUUUGAGAUAGUUGGAAGUGCAAUUAUAUGCCUUUUUCAAGGCAUUAAGAAUCAAUCCCUCAAAAAGUAUGGUUUCUUUUUAUUUGACUCUUGUAAUGUCAAAUGAAGUUAGCUAUAGUAACAAGGUUGUUGUAUUAGAGUCCAGUCUACAUCAAGUUUUGCAAACAUUGCUUCAUAUGUUAACAUCUUGCAGGAUGAGGUAAUGUACUGAUGUAGUUUAAACUGGAGUCCUUUGUGUCUUUGCUGUCAUUUGGGGAGUAUUUACCUCAAGCAACCUGCCUGUGAUGAUGUCAAAGUGAUAUGUACACUGAAGGAUCUGUAGUUGAAAAGUUAAACUGCAAAAGCAUGAGAUGAACUAUGGAUUUUUACAGCUUAUCUUUAAAUCAAAACAGUACUCCAGGCUAGAAUUUAUAGAAUCAUUUCUAUGAUUCUAUGAAUUUAGGAUCCUGAGCAUAAAAAGAUUAUAGCGGAAGAAAGUAAUGCAGGAAGGGAGAGGUACCAAAAUAAACAGUCAAUCAAGGUAAGCUCUCAUGAAAAAAUAAAAUUCUACGGAAGGUUAAGCUUUCUACACCUUCACUAUAUGAAUAUUCAGUGAAGUAGUUUGGCAUGUUGACCAUGGAAAACGAGGUUACUUCAGUAGAUUAUUAGAGGAUUUCUUAAAUGUCUGUCAUUUCUUAAAUGCAAAACUUAUGUAAAAACUGAAAAGUUCAAACUUACAGUAGCCAUUUCUUUCUUAAAGUUAGGAAACAGAUUGUUUGGACUUAAAUUUAGACAAGUUAUUUUUUUGUAUGGGAGACAACUGUUUUCUGUGAAAUACUUUUGGAUUUCAGAAGGUGACAAAUCAAGAGUUUAUCUGCAAUGAACAUGUCAUUCUGGAGCUGCUAAGAUGUGAAUGUCACCUGGUCCAUAACUGUUCAAAAGUAUAGUCUGACUCAGCUCCCACAGUAAAUGAGAAAUAGCUUUUUUAAUUAAAGAUUCAAGGUUACCUGGAAUUUUCUCCUACUUAUUAUGGAGUUAUUAAGGAGUCUGAAUAAUUGCAGUUUGUUAUCUGUUAGUAACUUAAUUGUGUGUCACAGGCUUGAUUGUAUUUAGAAGCUUAUAUUGAUUGUCUACUGAACUUUCAGUCCUCAGAAUCAUAUACUCAAAACAUUUGAAAAAAUGUUCUGUUUUUUUUUUUUUUUUCAAAUUUAGCCAGGUGUCUUGUAAUGAUACCAGUUUCUUUCAUCUUUCACCCUAGCUUUAGUAAAAGAUAUUUCUGAAAAAAAAAAUGAGCUCAAGAUUCCAUCUAAUUUCUUGUCUUCAGAUUUUCUUCAGACAGUAGCUGUGUAGCUCCAUUUCUAGUAAUGUUUAUGAACAGUCAUGAUUGAUUAGAAAUGGUAUUAUUUCCUGAAGAUACCAGAAUUGAAUCAAUCUCCUCCUUCUCUGAGAGAGUUUUUUUUUUUUUCAGGAGAAAAAUGUAAAUUUCUAGCAGAUUAAACAAAAGUAUAUGCAAGUGUAGGCCUGUGCAGGGAACCAGUGUGUUGAGUGGGAUGAUGGUAUUUUCAGAAUUCUCAGAACAGAACACUGCAUUCUCUGAACAUCUGUUGAGGUUGUUGGAAGUUGUUGAUCUCUUUUUGAAGCAGUAUCACCAACAAAUUAACACACUCAUAUUAAUAACAAAUUACCAUUUUACUGGUAUUAUAAAAAUGAACUUACAAUGCAAAAAUGCAGAAAUGUGUGAAUGAAUGCAAUUAUAUAGAAAAUAGAUUAUAAUGUGUACUGUCCAAUCAUUCAGGUAUACUGGAGUACAUUCCUUGAAAAGUAAUGAGAGAACAGAAAUACUGGGCUUUUCACGGAGAUCAAAGUAAAGUGAAAAAAAGAGUCUGAAGAUGAAGUGUGGCAUUUUGUUCACUUAAAAUGUGAUAAAAUCAGAAAGUGUCGUUCUCCUAUUUUAUUUGCUCUUUCCACAUCAAAAAUCUCUUUUAAGUUUUUCAAAUUAAUUUCUUAAAUCAGCCAUGAAAGGUGGGGCCCUUGAAAAAGACCUGGGAUUUUGCUUUGCCUUUAACAGUACCUGCUAGCUCAGGACAGUGAAGUAUCUUCUAACACAGACAUUUUGAAAUAUUUAGUCUGAGGAUGCUGUCUGUUUGCUUCAUUGUAGUUUAUACUGUAGUUAUUUCUAGCUUUAAGUACGAUCUCAGGAAAUUACCUGGGUUUGCAUGUAGGAUUAUUGAUUCUUAAAAUAGCAAAAAUACUCCAUUUAAAAAUGUGGACACCUGUCUGAACUCAGUGUAUUACAACUUCUCUUUUCUUUUGGUUCACAACAAGCAGUAGCUGUCUUUAAAGGCUUCUUACUAAACUGAAGCUUUAAAGGGCUAAAUAGAUCUUUUAUUGCUCAGUUUGCCUAAGUGAAGGAACUCUUUUCAGUGCAGAAAUGUUAAGGGCUAAAAUACUUUCCAGGGCUAAUCUGGGGUUCCAGGAAAAAUGAAUAAAUAAAUAAACUUCUAAAAACCAGAUAGUUUUUUUUUUUUUCUUCUUCUAACAGAUGCUACAAUCAUUUUUAGAAAUUGCAGAUACAAGUGUGUUCCUGUCUUGCUUGGCAUUUCAAUACGCAACUUGUUAAAGAGUAGAGCAGAGAAGACAGCACAUUUGCGUACCACUUCAUUAUUGCCUAUGUUGAAAUUUAACAACUUUUGUGAAUAGAACUGGCAAUAGAGAGGCUUUGAGGAAAAUUCUAUGACAGGAAAUUCUUGCUGAGUAUUUCAUUGCAACUUAGCAGUCCUUUACUUUUGCAAAGUCUACCAAGGCAUAGUAACUACUAUAAUCAGAGAAAAUUACUUCAAGUUAUUUUGAUCCUUUCGGGGUGGCUGUGGCAGGAGAAAGUUCUAUAAGAGUAUUCUCCUUGCUGUAGAAAGCUGAGCCUAAGUUUUGACUCAACUGGAAGUUGAGACUUCCAGGCCUGGUCAUAUGAAAUGUAAGAGCUGAUACAUCUAUGUACCUGAUUCUUGCUCCUUGAAGAUUUUCCAAAAGAGUAUGCACAGUUUUACUGAAACUUAAGUUGGCCGAUGUAUACUUGCUAGGAUGAAGCAAGUGCCAAGAUGUUGUAAAAGAAGCAUUGCCACACUGUCUACUUCGGACUGCACCAAGAUCACCAAACCGAACAAGUAUCAAAUGGCAAUUAUUUGUACUCACUUUUGUAGUGAGCCUCAUCUGAGCCUGGCUAUGAAAAAUCUGUAAAUCUGUUUCCUAUAGGCUGUCGUGGCCCACCUACCUAAUUCAUCAGGUUGCUUGUUUUGGUUUUGUUUGUUUGAAAUUACUGGUCUCACAAUUACCUGUCCAUCAGCUGUGUUGCUGUCCAAGUGGCCAUACUUCCAACAUGUUAUUUCCUGGAUAGUGGAUUAGCAAUAACACUUCAUUUUGUGCCAAUUCAUUAUCUCUGAAGUGUUCUUACUGCAGCAGAGUUUGAUUUUUUGAUUUGGUUUUAAUGCUUUUGCAUUAGCCAAAACUCUUAGCACAGACAUGGACAAAAAAAAUGAAUCCAAGGAGUUUCCCUGGAUAAAAAAGAAUCUGCCAGGGCUUCCCAAAACAUCCGAAGUUUCUUACAGUUAGCCAUCAUUUUUAAAACAAAGAUACAAUUAAAAUGUGUGUGGGUAUUUUUUUAACCUCCUUUUCAUAACACUAGCAUAUUGUAAACUGCAUGAAAUAAAAUUGUUUUUUUCCCUUUUAAA